CCACAACUCGCCUCGGGCGCCGUGGAUACCUUUGUGACGACGCUCCUCGGGAGCGAUCGAACCGUUGCAGAUAAAAAUUUGGUCGCCCUCAUGGAUCCAGGCCACGAGAACCGUAUCAGAAGUCCCUCAGCGGGGCAAAUGUUUGGGUCCUUCAACUCGCCUUCAGCGCUGCAAACGAACGGCAAGGCCUCGCCAGAGUCGCAACCAACAAGGAAGCGGAAACACGCUGGCGACCAUGAUGGUGAUCCCGGGCAUGCGCACUACCAGGAUUCGGGAGCAAACAGCUACUCGCAAUCGAAUCCGGAUCUGGACUCUUACAUCAAGUCGAAGCGCAAGCCGCGUGAAAAGAAAGCCUGCCAGGUGUGCAGGAAACGCAAAGUUGCAUGCGAUCAGCAGCAGCCGUGUCUUAAUUGCAUCGAGCGACGGUAUCCGGAGCUGUGCAUCUAUGAGAAUAGCACAGAGCACGUGCCCAACCGGUCUGAUAUAGGCACUUCUACUGCGACACAUCAAGGAGCCCACAGAGAGGUCGCAAGAAACGCCUCGUUACUGACGCCCGCGGAAACAUCGUUGGGCUUCUCGCCAGAGAAGCUGAUGGGUGACACGGUGACAAUGCCGAGAGAUUCGUUCGAGAAGUUGAUGGCCAAACUGGAGCACUUUCAGCGAAGCACCAGCGAUCUGAAUGCGGAGAUCAGGGGUCUGAUCAAUGUCGCAUCGGUAUCCAGUACUGAUCUUCGACAAGAGAGCGGUGCGUCGGGUCCCUCUCAUUUCAACGGAAACGCAUUGUCGGCAGGCAACGCCAAGGAAGACUCGAAUCUGCUACUCUUUGACGGGAUCCAUUCCAAAAAUGAGCUCACGGGACAAACGGUCCACGUUGGAGGGAAUUCGGUUCCCGCCUUCGUGAUGCAAUACAGUUCUCAGCUUGAGGAUCUUCUGGGUACCAACGUCUUGCCAGCCUUUGGGCUCGAAAACGAAAGCGCUACGUACCCUUUUGUCUCUCUCUCGGACCUCAGACAGGGCAGACUUGCACGCGUCAUUGAAAUGUGCAAAACACUGCCCCCCGAACAGGACAUUGAUCGUUACUUCUCGAGCUUCAGGGACAUCUCUGGUGUAGUGUAUCCUGCUGUUGCCAAUAUCGAGAAGUUUGAGAGCGAGCUGUUUGAAUUUCAUCUAGCUCGUGCAGAAGCCCUUUCUCAUCCCGUUCCCUAUGGUAUUGAUGAGCAAUCUGCAUAUGGUAAAAAGCUCAACUGGAUCGGAUUGCUCUUUGCGACACUUGCGUCCGGCUGCCAAUGCACAGAUGUCUCUGUCAAAGAGCUCGAUUUGGCUUCGCGUGUCUUUGUUUGCUGCAGCUUCGAGUGCCUACGGAUGACGAAUUUCUUGUCCAACCCAUCGCUGGAGACAAUUCAAACUUUACUCGUCCUUGGCAACGUGAUCUCGAACACGAUGAACGCGGGUGUUGCAUGGUCGCUGCUGGGGAUGACCACGCGCUUGGCACAAGUCCUGGGUCUACACAGACCGUGUAGGGAGAGCAUUCCGCAGAAUCUCAAAGAUGACCGGUGCAAGAUUGCGUGGACCAUGAUGUGGCAGGAAAGUCUGCUUUCAAUCACAUUCGAUCGUGCGCCGGCAUCAGCAAGCAUUUUCUACACGGAAGGCAAAGGCCUUCCGUACGACUCGUACGCGGCCGAUGGCUCGUUCUCGUAUGCCGGGUGCAUGUAUCAGGUUACAAAAGUUGGGCUGGAACUGCUACAAGACCGAGGGAUCCCGCGCAGCACCAACGACAUGCUCCAUCGCAUGCAACACUACGAGCAGCUGCUUCGGCAGAUUAUGAGCAACGCGGCCGCACAUCUGAAGUCCUCGCAGCACUGUCAGUCCCUGCAAGAGCAACUUCAGCACUGGGCAUUGUAUCUACACACGUCGUACAUCAUGUCUGAAGUGUGCCGCGAAGCAAUCAAACCCAAGAUCGCGCAGACGGAGCUUGCUAUGACGAUGCGUCAGACUUGUCUCGAUAGCUUGACAAACACGGUGAGAGCAUUCCUGGGGCUGAACCGUCUGACCGCGUUUGCGUCACACAGCUGGUCUGCGCUCUCCCGCGGCCUUUCGUCUGCUCUUGUACUCGGAAUUCUCGGCCACGGCGAAAAGAACGAGGAGGUGCACGCGCUAUUGAAUCAACUGCUGAUGCUACUACACGAGGUCAUGGCGCGCAACAGCGACGGCGCAACGGAGCUGUCGACGCCGAUUAAACGAUGGAUUGCCACGCUAACAAGACUCACGGGAGGCAAGAGUGUUCGGCAGGGAAGCAGCGCGAGCACGAGCACCAGUCCAUUCGUAGAGUUGGACAGCGACGAGAGUCCGUACACGCAAGCGGAUAGCAUCAUUUGGGGUCCGAUGGUUUGACGGGGUUGGUUACCUGUAAAGCGUUUCUUACGUCUGAUUUCUUUUCUGUACUGUCUUUAUUAGGGUUCUUUGAGUACUUCGUAGCCGCAACCGGUCCUUUGCACACUCUGGCUUACGGGGGAAGACCUUGGUGUUCGUUCGCGCGCGCGUGUGUAUAUGUGCGUGACUUUUUUUUUUUUUC